UCGAGCUUUGUCUUUUGACUUCGAUCCGGAAACCGUGGAACCAAAUGACAUCUCUUAUACGGCUAUACUUUCAAAUUAAGAGCAACACGGUUUACGCUCUUGGCUUAUACCCGGAAUACAAUGCAUGAGCAUAUAUAGGUCCAGAUGGCGCAUGCGUUCUCGAUGUCAGUUCACAUGUAUUGCUGGACUCUGUGUGUGUGAAAGUGAGUACUGGAGAGCUACUCGUUCCACCGUCCAUUCACACAGCUCGAGGUCGGCAGUGCCUUCCGACGUCUUUGCCUUUGCUUGGACAAACAAACAUGUUCAUCUCCCAUCCCGCCAUAGCUUCGAGUACCCACGUUAAUCCUAUUUGGCUUGGCGGCCUCGCAUCGUGGAGCUUUUUGCCCUCUCAAAUGAACAUGAUGUCCGGAAAUACUAGUCCUUUCUUGCUUCGAUACCGGUCUCUCACAAGAGCCAUGCUGGUUGCGCGAGAGACCGGAUGAGCAACUGAGUUACAGUAUCCUCGCCAUCUCUGACAUCACCCGGCUCUGUGGAUCUUAUAUAUUCUCGGCUUGUGGUGGACUUCUUACCUAUUCGCACAGUGACUAUUUUUCAGCAUGCGCUUCCUCUCGCUCAGUACGCUGUUGUUGUCUCUUGUCACUCUCGCAAGCAGUCAGGACACCAGCCUUGCUGCUGUGCGGAGAGCUUUCAAUACUGCUAAUAUUCCAGCUGAUGCAGCCAUUACGUUUGACCCGAGCAUUCUUUUUGAGCUCGCCUUCCCGCAAACCUCAGGUCCUCCAGUAGAGGUUCAUGCCGGGAUUCAGCUCCCACGAAACGCGACUGCUGGCCCACCGACCUUCUCAGUCCGAGACACCGUCGUCUCGCCUAGACAGAGCUUCGUGGUUGCCGCAGUCGACCUGGACGCACCUACCCCUCAAAACCCUACCAGUGCUCAAAUUAGACAUUUUCUGGGAGGUGACUUCCAUCCUCGAGCGGCAGUGACCUUACGUACCCAAACAUUGGCCAAUGCGACUGCUGCAAUUUCGGAAUUCAGGCAGCCAACCCCUCCUGCUGGUUCGGACCCUCAUCGCUAUGUAUUCUUGCUCUUCAAUCAGCCUCGAGGUUUCGGCAGACAGACACUAGUGAACUCUACAACUCCGAUCCAAAACUUCAACAUCAGUCAGUUUGCCAGUGAGAUCGGGCUCGGCAACCCUAUCGGUGGUACAUUUAUCCUCGUCGGCCCCGAUCCAACAGCGUAGGAGUGAAAUGGCGUUUCCUAAGUAGCUGGGUCUGCGUCGAGAGGUUUCUCUUUCGUUCGGCGACCUGACCCACGCCAAUAGAUUAGCAUUUUCGUAUAGCAUGAAUAUUAUGGUACUUUCAUCGUCUCGACUACGCCAAUAAAAGUAUCUACGAAAUUUUACGAUGCAUAACCAUC